AUGAGGCUCAUUGGCGUCGUUGGUGGCGGUUCGGCCCCUCUCGUGUCGAUGCCACAAACCAGCUCGGUCUCACCUCAGAUGCUGCAUCCGGGUCCUACUGGCGUGGUUCGGCGUGUGAGCCCGCGCCAGCACUUCGAGCACGAGCUCCUCCGCGCUGGAGAAACGAAAGUCGUCUCUGAAAAGCCCAUCUCUCGUGAGGAUCUCAUGGCUGGGGGGCGACUCCGGGAGGCUGAAGCUGGCGCGAAGCUCCCGGAGCCACGCCUCUCCUCGGGCUGCAUGUCGGCCCGGCGAGUGGAGGCGCCCCUGAGUGGCGCACUUCACUCAGCUGUUCUCUCUCCGGUGAUGGCGCGUCCGAGGACCGAGUCGAUGUAUGUGGAUGUGGCGAAGGAUUCGUCCUUCUCGGCGGAGAUCCACUUACACAUGCUCCACCGCCGCAUUUCCAACCGCGUGUUUGUUCGUCAAGCUGUGAGCUCUGCCUUCAAGCGGAUAGGUCCUUUGGCCCUGUCGGCGGCCCAAGCCAUGACCCACGGGCAGGCCUCUUUCGUUGAGGGCCUGCGCAUCCCCAGGGUCGCGUUCUUGAGGAAAGGGGGCCAUGGCUUAGGAUUCCAAGCACAGCCGAAGAUGCCACAGCCGAAGAUGCCGCAGCAGCGGGCCAGGAAUUCCAGGCUCGCGCAGCUCGACGCGGGGGUGGCACAGACAGCUGGAUCAUAUUGGUUGAGGGCUUUGAAAUUGCGGGACAAUCUGACACCUGACCAGCGUGACUUGUAUUGUGACGGCGUUCGAGCUGGAAUUAUGGUGCGGAUGUUGCGGGAGCCUCUUGAUCUCAGCGCCACUAUCCAAGCUCGGGGCGAAUUGGAAGCAUGCACGCGCUUCAAGCGCACGCGUGAGGAGGUGGACAAGGACGAAGGGCGGUACGUGAGUUUCGAAGAAGUCCUUGAUCACUACAAAGGCUGCAAGGUGUCUGCAGAUGCUUUUGUGCAGCGCAGACGGCGCGAGUCUAAGGGCACAAGCGCUGACAGAAACGACCCGGACCUGGAAUUGUUCUUGCUGUAUGGUGAUCAAAGCAGUGAGUUCAUGCUUCUUCGAAGGAAGACGGUGGUUCAGGCGUACAACACGUGGACAAGGCAGGCGCUGCACCACACCGUGGAGCGGGAUGCCAGGCGCGUCGGCUGCUGGAACUCCGACGUUCGGCUUGAUACUGCAUGCCGCGAGGAGGGCACCCAGCAAACGGUCCUACUCAACCCCUAG